UGCAAUCUUCCUUGGAGCAUUUUGGCACCAACUUGCAUUCACAGCACAUGAUGCAGGACAUAGUGGUAUAACACACAACCUAGUUAUUGAUAAUCUGAUCGGCGUGUUCAUUUCAUCAUUUUGUGGUGGUUUGAGUAUUGGAUGGUGGAAAAGAAGUCAUUAUGUUCAUCAUAUUGUAACAAAUCAUCCUGAACACGAUCCUGACAUUCAACAUAUACCAUUUUUUGCUGUUACAACAAAACUAUUUGGAGGUUUAUAUUCAACUUUUUAUAAAAGGAAAAUGGAAUUUGAUCCAAUAGCAAAACUUCUGAUCUCUUAUCAACAUUUUACCUAUUACCUAAUCUUGUGUUUUGGUAGAUUUAAUCUUUAUUUCCUGUCAGUCAAUUUCCUGAUAAAUGAAGAAAAUGUUCUAUUUAGAAAUUUGGAAAUAUGUGGCAUGAUAACAUUCUGGUCAUGGUACCUAUUCAUGUUAUCUUUUCUACCAAAUAUUUAUAUAGGAAUAAUCUACAUCUUAAUAUCUCAUAGUGUAACAAUGUUGUUGCAUGUACAAAUCACAUUAUCACAUUUUGGUAUGUGCACAAAAGAUUUUGGUGCCAAUGAAUCAUUCUCAAGAAAAAUGUUACGCACAACUAUGGAUGUUGAUUGUCCUUGGUGGAUGGAUUGGUUUCAUGGUGGCUUGCAAUUCCAAGCUGUACACCAUCUUUUUCCAAGAAUACCAAGACACAAUCUUAGAAAAUGUCAACCAUUGGUGAUGCAAUUUUGUCAAGAAGCCAACCUCCAAUAUCAUCUAUAUGGUUUUGUUAAAGGUAAUAGAUUAGUCCUUGGCGCACUUAGAGAUGUUGCCAAUCAAGUUAAAUUAUUAGGAAAAGUUGCAAAAUCGCAUGUUGAUAGACACAACAUGGUGAAAAAUGAGUAA